CUUAUUGUAAAUUUUAACCCACCUGUACUUAAUGAAUUUAAACUUCUAACAUUAUCAUUUGCAAUUAGUAAUAGUGAUCAAUUAAUAUCUUCAGAAUUAUCCAAGUUGCACAUACGGGCAUUGUGGCCUAUUCAACCACAAGCACCACAGCGUCAAGACCUAUUUUCAUAA